AUGGCUGCCUACGCGCAGCAGCUUAUCAUCUGCACAGGACAGCCAGACUGGACGAGUCGGAUUGAGGAUGAUGGUGAAAACAAAGGCUGGGGCAACCUUGUGAGAGGACUGAAGAGCCUGCUAGGUCGUGGCGGGCCAUAUCUUGAUCCUUUCAACAAUGUUUUGGUCACGAAUUCAUCUAUCGCGCCAGCUGCACGGUCCUCCCCCUCUUCAGCCUCGGCAUUCCUCUUCCCCGGCUUCAAAUACAUUCCGUCAAUACCCGUGAACAUGGCACCAUCGCCUGAUCAAACAACCAGUCUCACGACCUUCAUACGCGCUUAUCUUCUCCCAGAAAUGCUCCACGACAUGCAUUCCUCUCUCCCCGCAGCCAAACAAGCAGACAUGACCCGGUCCCCAGACCUAAUAUCAAAUUUCCCGGGAGUAGUCGAUAUUACCCACUCUCCAACAGUGUUAAUAUGUGGACAUGGAGGUCGUGACAUGCGUUGUGGUGUCAUGGCCCCCGCCUUGGAAAGCGAGUUCAAGCGCGUAUUGCAUGCACGAGGAUUCACAUCCGUGGACAGUGAUGGGACCACAGUGGAUGGUCCUAACCACGCUAAUAUUGGUCUGAUCAGUCAUGUUGGAGGACACAAAUACGCAGGCAAUGUGAUUGUCUACAUCCCGCCGAAGAUGACAGUAGGAACUUCUUCAGAGCCUCACCCGCUGGCGGGUAAGGGCAUUUGGUACGGCCGCAUUGAGCCCAAGCAUGUGGAGGGGCUUGUCGGGGAGACUAUUCUCGGCGGAAGAGUGACACAUAAUGAUCAACCGGCCAUGCAAUCCAUCUCCCGCCUCCGAUUAACCAGCGCCAUUGCGCCUGGCCGCAUUCACACGCGUCCAACCCUACGAGCCCUCUCACCAAUCUACACCCUAACCAGACUAUCUAGCACCUCAACCCGCCGCCUGGACCUCCCGGCGCUUGACAAAAAAUGGCACGCAAAAUGGGAAAGGGACCGCGCCGCGCCGCGCUCAAUACCCGACGCAACAGAUAAACCUAAAUCCUACAUCCUGUCCAUGUUCCCAUAUCCGUCUGGCACGCUGCACAUGGGCCAUCUGCGCGUGUAUACUAUCUCCGAUGUGAUCUCGCGGUUCUAUAAAAUGCGCGGACAUGAUGUGCUCCAUCCUAUGGGGUGGGAUGCAUUUGGGCUGCCCGCGGAGAAUGCGGCGAUUGAGAGGGGUAUUGAUCCUGCGGUUUGGACGUAUGAGAACAUUUUGAAGAUGAAGGAGCAGUUGAGGUGCAUUUCGGCGGAGUUUGACUGGGAUCGGGAGCUGGCUACGUGUUCCCCGGAUUUCUACGAGCAUACCCAGCGCAUCUUUUUGAUGUUGUAUAAGAAGAAUUUAGCGUACCAGGCGGAAGCGUUGGUCAAUUAUGACCCUGUUGAUAAGACUGUUUUGGCAAAUGAGCAGGUUGAUGCCAAUGGAUUCUCGUGGAGGUCUGGGGCUAAGGUUGAAAAGUUAAACUUGAAGCAGUGGUUCUUCAAGAUCACUGAUUUCAAGGAAGCACUUCUGAAAGACCUCGAUUCUCUUGCAGAGGGAUGGCCGGAACGUGUGUUGUCUAUGCAGCGCAAUUGGCUUGGACAGUCUUACGGAGCUAAGGUCACAUUCCCUGUGACAAUUGGACGGGCUGAUCAAGUCGAUGUGAAUGUGUUCACUACCCGUCCAGACACUUUAUAUGGUGUAGAGUAUCUGGCACUCUCUUUGAAUCACCCUAUUGUGUUGAAGGCCGCCGAGAAAGAUGAAACACUUCGCAAAUUCCUGAAUGAUGCUUCAUCGCUUGCACCAGACUCCAAAGCAGGAUACCGGUUAUCCGACAUUGAGGUGUCUCAUCCACUGUGCAAAAUUGAUGCAGAAACCCCCCACUUAUUAAAGAAGCUUCCUGUCUUUGUGGCACCUUAUGUCCUUAGCGACUAUGGCGAAGGAGCAGUCAUGGGUGUUCCGGGCCAUGACACCAGGGACAUGAUGUUCUUUAGGGAAAAUGUGAAAUCUGACUCGAUCCAUGUUGUCAUCGAGGCUGAGCCAAGUGGCAGUGAGACAAACAGCAGUGUUGUCCCGACGUCAGACACAAAAGCUUUCACACAAGAGGGCUUUUUGACCUCGCGCUGCGGGAAGUACCAGGGGUUACACUCCAAGGAGGCAUCAAAACUGAUUGUCAAUGACCUGGAGCAGGUCGGUCAGGCUGCAUUCGUCGAGAGCUGGCGUCUGCGGGAUUGGUUGAUCAGUCGUCAAAGAUACUGGGGGGCACCUAUCCCCAUCAUUCACUGCGGGAACUGUGGUCCUGUGCCGGUGCCCGACAAGGAUCUUCCAGUAAAGCUGCCGAAGAUCGAGGGAGAGUGGCUCAAGGGAAAGAAGGGAAACCCUUUGGAGUCCUCAGAGGAAUGGCUUCAUACAAAAUGCCCCAGUUGCAAUGGUCCUGCUCGACGCGACACAGACACUAUGGACACCUUCGUGGACUCGUCCUGGUACUUCUUGCGGUUCUUGGACUCUGCGAACAAGGAAGUCCCGUUCUCACCUGCGGUAAUGCAGCCGGUGGAUGUGUAUAUCGGUGGUGUCGAGCAUGCCAUUCUGCAUCUCCUCUACUCUCGAUUCAUCUACAAAUUCCUCUCUCAAUCUGAGCUGUCCCCAAAUCAGAACUCUGCUGCACCCGCAGAGCCAUUCAAAGUGCUUCUCAGCCAAGGCAUGGUCCACGGAAAGACCUUCACUGAGCCCUCAACCGGCCGCUUUCUUCUCCCGUCUGAAGUUGACCUGGCCAACCCAGACAAGCCUUUGAUACAGGGAACACAAGUCGCCCCUAAUAUCUCCUUUGAAAAGAUGUCCAAGAGCAAGUACAACGGCGUGGACCCUACCACCGUCGCAUCAAAGUACGGCGCCGAUGCAACUCGCGCGCACAUUCUGUUCUCCGCACCGGUCAGCGAAGUUCUGGAAUGGGACGAAACCAAGGUCGUCGGCGUCGAGCGCUGGUUCAAUCGACUGUGGAAACUAGUCCAAGACACCCAGCAGACCCUAACAGAGGCAUCAUUCUCCGUGUCGGAGGCAGACCUGAAAUCUUCGACCACGCAUGCCACUCCGCUCCCGUCAUCGCUCCAGGACCUGAGCGACUCUGACGCAGACGCAGUCCUAGCUACCCACAACACCAUUGCAUCCGUCACCACCUGCAUCGAAAGCAACCCCUACGGCCUGAACACAGUCAUCUCAGACCUAACCAAGCUGACCAACACCCUGGCCUCAACACCCGCCCCCUCCCCUCUCAUCCUAUACCUGUCCAUCUCAUCCCUCCUUCGUCUACUAGCCCCCAUCGCUCCAGCCCUAGCCUCUGAAUCAUGGGAACUCCUACACGCAACCACAAAUACCGCUACAACACAAGUCCCAUCGAUUUUUUCAUCACCCUGGCCUAGCACGCUCCUCACACCGGACCAAGCCGAAAACCUCUCCUCUCGCGGCGGCCAAACGGUCGCCGUCCAAAUCAACGGAAAGCUCCGCUGUGCUGUGACCAUCCCGCGCAUGGAGACUCCGACAGCGUCGCAGGGCAAGAAUGCUCAUUCACAGGAAGAACAGGAUUGGAUUGUCAAUCGAGUGUUGGAGACUGCUGAAGGGAAUUCUUGGCUUCGAGAGAAGAAUGAUUGGGAGAAGAGACGGCGCGUUAUCGUUGUUAAGGGGGGUAAGCUAGUCAACGUUGUUUUCUGA